AAAGGCCGAGCGGCGAAAGAAGGUGGGGAUCGCGAUGAAGCUCUUGGAAGGCCGCAUUCAUCCACGAUCUUAGGGUUUUAGAUAGCGAUGGCUUACUCCUCCCUCGCGGCUGGGGCUCCUUUGCUGGCAGCAUCGCUGCCUCGACGAUCUAGCAGUUUUAUUUCUCCUUCCUCCCCCUGGAUUUCGUGUGCUCCACGAUUCCUUUGCUCGGCGGCUCACUCCCGGUCAAGGAUUUCCUGCUCGCGGAAGGAUGCGGUCGCCGCGAGAUUCAUCCGCGGCAGCGACGAGGAUUUGGACGUGGUUCCAGCGGGCGGGCAGCCGGUGAUUACUGCGAAUCUCGUCGCUGGGCUCUUGUGGAAGGAGAGGCUCCGGCUAUUCGUCUCGUUCGUCGCGCUGCUAGGAUGCUCGUCGUGUACUCUCACCAUGCCCAUCUUCUCUGGAGCGUUUUUUGAGACACUCAUUGGGAGGCGAUCGCAACCUCUCUGGAAAGUUUUGCGAAUGCUGGCUCUCGUCUACGUGCUCGAGCCCGUUUUAACCGUGGUAUUCGUGACUAAUAUGAUCGCUGCCUGGGAGAACGUCAUGGCAAAACUUCGCUCGCAGCUCUUUCGACGGCUUCUCGUGCAACGGAUUGAGUUCUAUGAUCGGCAUAAGGUUGGAGAGCUUACCUCUUUACUUUCCACGGACCUUGGUUCGAUCAAGGACAUAAUCAACGAAAACAUUUCCAGGGAUCGUGGCUUUCGAGCGCUGUCAGAGACGCUAGGAACACUUGUGAUAUUGUUCUUUCUUUCUCGAGAGCUAGCACCGAUUCUCGGACUGCUCAUGCUUUCGAUAUCAGUAUCUGUGGCUGUCUACAAGCGGACUACUUUACCUGUUUUUAAGGCGCAUGGCGAAGCCCAAAGCCGUAUAAUGAAUACCGGGAAUGAAACAUUUUCUGCUAUACGAACUGUGAGAUCUUUUGGAGGCGAACGGAGACAAAUGUCCUUGUUCGAAAGGCAGGUGCUGGCGUAUAAAGAAAGUGGAAACAGGCUGGGGUGGCUUAAAUCUGCGAACGAGUCGUGGACACGCAUUGCCAUCUACAUUUCACUAAUGACGCUCUACAUUCUUGGUGGAAUGAAAGUUCAAUCAGGCGACCUCGCUGUCGGGAAGAUGGUGUCAUUCAUUGGGUACACGUUCACGUUAACUUUUGCUGUUCAAGGUCUCGUGAAUACUCUUGCGGACAUGAGAAACAUGCUAGCUUCCGUUGAUCACGUCAACUCGGUCGUUUCGAAAUCAGGCGCCGACGACUUACUUGCUAGGGGCUUGGGGGAUUUAAAGAGGCCUUCAGAAGGUGUUUGUAAGCUUGCCUGGUCUGGAGAUGUCGUCUUGGAAGAUGUUCACUUUUCAUACCCAAUGCGACCUGACGUCGCAGUCUUGAGAGGAAUAUCUUUACGAUUGAAGCAGGGGACAGUAACAGCUCUUGUGGGAUCCAGUGGUGCGGGGAAAAGCACCAUUGUGCAGCUACUUGCUCGGUUUUAUGAGCCAAGUAAAGGGAGAAUAACGCUCGCUCAAAAAGAUGUUCGCUUGUUCGACAAAACGGAGUGGGCGAGCGCCGUAUCGAUCGUGAAUCAGGAGCCUGUUUUGUUUGCGGUUUCUGUAGCUGAGAACAUUGCUUAUGGCUUGCCAAACGACGAUGUACCAGAGGAGCAGAUUGUUGCAGCAGCAAAAGCAGCGAACGCACACGAAUUCAUCGUAAAGCUGCCACAGGGCUAUGAAACUCUUGUUGGUGAACGGGGAAGCCUAUUAAGCGGUGGUCAGAGACAGCGGAUAGCGAUUGCAAGAGCCUUGCUUAAAAACUCUCCCCUUUUGAUUCUCGACGAGGCUACGAGUGCUUUAGACAGCGUCAGUGAAAAGCUGGUUCAGGAUGCUCUAAACCGAUUGAUGAAGGGAAGAACUACUCUUGUGAUCGCUCACAGGCUCAGCACAGUCCAAGCGGCCGAUCAAAUCGCCGUGUGCUCCAAUGGCUCCAUAGUUGAGCUCGGCAAACACGCAGAGCUCCAGGCCAGAAGUGGAGGAAUGUACGCCAAUCUCGUACAAAGCCAAAGAUUAAUCUUCGAAUAAAGCCGAGGAGAGGACGGACUAUUUUUUUCCCUCGCUAACGUUUUUCUGUUUCAAAUGUCCGCCGUCCGACAGUGAUAUCCAAUGCGCCAGAUUGAACGGCCCGGCUGUUGUGAAUCCAACGGCUGGCAGCACACGUCUAUAAUUUCACUUUUUUCUUC